UCGAAGUUCCAAAUUUCAGCUUCUCCUGAUCAAUAUUAGUCUCCCAGUUGAUAUUUCUCCCGUUCAAUAAACGUUUAAAGUAGCUUUUAACCAAAUUCAAAAUAGUUUUAAUUAGCUUGGCCCCUGUAAAGACCUUUAUAAAAACCUAUUCAAGAUGGAUGCGGAUUUUGAUUUUGCUACACCGCCGCCAGAGGAGCGUAUAAUACGUUCGCAUACUCUGAACGCGGAACAGGAAAAGGAUCUCACUGAGGCGUUUUCAUUGUUUGAUACCGCCAGAGCCGGUGUGAUACCGAUGAAACAGCUGAAGGAUAUCCUAAGGGCUGUGGCACACACUCCGCCCGAACAUGAGUUGCAGGACUAUUAUAAUGAAUACGAUCCCGAAGGUGCCGAUGAGCUAUAUCUGAGCGAUUUUCUGCACAUAAUGUCGAUGCGAUACAAGGAUCAAACGCCCGAGGACGAGGUCAUACUGGCAUUCAAGGUCUUCGACAAGGAUGACAAUGGCUGGAUACACGAGUCAGAGUUCCGCCAUAUAAUGAGCACAAUGGGCGAUUAUAUGAACGAAGAUGAAAUUGAUCAGAUAAUACUAGAUGCCAAUUCGAAUACCGAGGGCAAUAUCGUUUAUAGAGACUUUGUGGCCAUGAUGAGCGAGCGUUAGAGUCGAGCAGGCGGCGCCAAACUAACUAAAA